GCAAGGAAGACCAAGGUUUGUGCGAUUCCCCAUCCACUGAUAAAAACCCGCUCCCCUCCCACUUUUCAGUUGAGACCCAACACAACACAACACAACAACUACUACAACAAUGUCAAACAACCCAUUCACCAAUCGUCACUCUGCCCUCGAGGCUCAAUUGGCCGAGGCGGAGAGGGAUGCCUACGCCGCCGAGUCCGCCAUCCUCGCCUCCUCUUCCGGGUUGCCUCAAUCCACCGCCGCAUACACCUCCACCGAACCCACCUUCCCUCCCUCAGGCGGUGCAGGCCCCGCUGUCGUUCCCUCCGGCUACGGCGUCCACACGGAUGCUCCCCGUCUCGACGUCGAUUUGCCGACCCCGAGCUUGGACACGGGUGUUAGGGCUCCCAAGGAUUAUGCCGACGUGAACGUCCAUGCGCAGGAGGCUACGUACGAUAUCGAAGACCGUCUCGGUUCUGCGAAUCAGCAUGCUUUCCAAGCGAAGGAGGAGGCAAAGGCUGCGACCUACGAGGCUGGUGCUGCGGCAAAGGAGCAGGCUGGAGCUGCGUAUGAGACUGGUGCGCAGAAGGCUUAUGAGACGAAGGAGGCUGCGAAGGAGAGUGCUGCGGGUGCGUACGAUGCUACCGCCCAGAAGGCUCAGGUUGCGAAGGAGAGUGCUGGCGCUGCGUAUGACCAGACCGCCCAGAAGGCGUACGAGACGAAGGAGGCUGCGAAGGAUACUGCUGCCUCGACUUACAACGCCGCUGCCGAUACCGCUUACAACGCAAAGGAGGCUACGAAGGAUACCGCUGCGUCUGCAUACCAGACCACUGCCGAUGCCGCAUACAACACCAAGGAAGCGGCCAAGGAUACCGCUGGUGCAGCAUACGACAAGACCGCCGAGACGGCCCAGGCGGCCAAGGAUACCGCUGCGGGCGCAUACGACGCUACUGCGCAAAAGGCAUACGAGACGAAAGAGGCUGCGAAAGACACCGCUGCCUCGACGUAUAAUGCCGCUGCGGACACUGCUGCUGUUGCCGCGAACAAGACGGCCGAGGGGGCUGCUGUCGCUCGUGAUGUGACGGCUAGGACUGCGGGCGCGGCGUACGGUGCUGUUGCGGGGACUGCGCAGGCUGCUGGGGAGGUUGUUGGUGAUGCUGCUGCGGCAACUAGGGAUACCGCCGUCGCGGCUGGUCAGAAGACUGCGGAGGUUGCUGGACAAGCCGCCGGGACGGUUGUUGGUGGUGCGCAGGCUGUUGCGGGGAAGACUGCUGAGGUCGCGAGUGAGGUCGGGAAUAAGACUGCGCAGGUCGCUGGACAAGCUGCGGGGACGGUGGUUGGUGGUGCACAGGCUGUUGCGGAACAAGCUGCCGGUGCUGCAGAGGCAACGAAGGACGCUACCGUCGAAGGCGCCCACACACUCCUCGAGCGCGCAAAGGAGACGCUCUCGCACAUCGAUGUUGGCGCGUUACCCUCUGAGGCACUCAAUGCGGUCGCGUCCGGCGUCGGACUCGUUGCUGGCACACUCUUCGGCGUCGGCUCCAUCGCUGCUGAGAAGGUCAGUGAGGUGACGGAGGAAGCGAGGAGGAAGGCUGCGGAGGUGGCGGAGCAGGAACGUCGACAAGCUGCGAAGGAACGUGAGGAAGCCGAAGCACUCGAGGCUCAAGCGCACGCAAAGUUGGAGGCGGCGAAGGCGAAGGAGAGUGCUGCGAGUGCUGUCGUCGACGCAACUGGUGGGGUUGCGCCGAAGGGAAAGGGUACCGGUCUUGGGUUGCAGGAGGAAGCGAACACGGGCGCGGUGAAGGUUGAGCAGGUUGAGGGGUUGGGCCAGACGGUUCCGGGGGGUACGGUGCCCGGUGCGAUUCCGGUUGCGGAUGUGGAGGAGGGGGGGGUUAGGGGUUUGAGGGCCGAGAAUGUUGUGUAAGUAGAAUUGUUACGUGUAUGAUUAUGUUUAUGAGGCAAGGGUUGCGGCAUCUAUAAAGGAAUGUGUUUUUUUGACUUGCAAUUGAACAAUCACUUUUGUAAAAGUAUCGAUGCACGCUGACGCACACUCUGCGAAAGUGGGCAGCGCACGGCGGUUAUA